AUGUAUGGCUUCUUGAAAGGCCAGCCCUCGGAAGACGAGGAGAACGCAGCGUUUAUACACAGUGACCGAGAUUAUGGGGCUAUCCCGGCGCAUGACGAUCCUGCGACUUCGCAUUCCGAGGCGGUUAUGCCGAUAGACAUGUCCGCCAUCAAUGGUCAUUGUUACGAUACGAACGACUGGGACAGUCUUGCCCAACGAAAACGGGAACGACUCCAACGGCGCCACACGUCGCGUCGAAAAUUGGCCAAUCGUCUUUCGAGUCUUGUGCUCGGAAGCGGGCUUGAUCGCCUGGCGAGCCAGGAUAAUCCGGACUUGGUCUUACCAGCACUGGAUCCAAGUGCACAAGAAGUCAUGGCUUCGGCUCCUUCCCAGGCAUCCUUGGAUCAAUGGUUCAAUACACGAUCCAACAUCAAUUUCAGCACCAUUCGUCAAAAUUAUCGAGCCACCCAUACCCAGCUACAUAUGGGAAAACCGGAAUCACCAGGUUUCUUCCGUCGCAUCAAGCAAUAUAUUUAUUAUGAUACCUGCAUGGCUACCAUCAAAAAGACAAUGUAUGCCAAUAGCACGAUCAUCCUGUUUGUCAAAGCGGAUGUGAUGGUCGAUCUAUUGCUAUGCUUCCUCUAUCUUAUAGACAUGAAGCAGGAAGUGAGCGUGAAUCUUGAUCCACCAUGGCUGUACAAAUGGCGCUCCUAUGACCUCUGGUAA